AUGGAUGAGGACCCAAAAAUAAGGGGCAAAUGUCAAUGGGACAGGACCAAUUUUAUACAAAAAAUAUUUUUUACAUGGGUAUUUCCAGUAUUUUGGAGGGGAAUGCGAAAAAAUGGUUUGGACCUGGAUGAUUUAUAUCGAUGCUCCAAAUAUGAUGAAUCUCAGCUAAUUGCACAAAAAUUAGAAAGAAAUUGGAAAUUAGAACAAAAAAAUAAAUCACCGAAAUUUUGGAAGGCAUUGUUUUGGACAUAUGCUAAAUAUUACAUAAUGCCCAUGAUCAUUUUUAUUUUUGAGGAGUGUGUCAUACGUAUUGGUCAACCAAUCCUAUUGGGAUAUGUAAUCGACUACUUUAGCAAAGAGGGAGAUAUAUCCUAUUCAAAUGCCUGUUUGUCAGCCGGCGGAGUAUGUCUUUGUUCGGCACUAUUCAUAUCACUACAUCACCCGACACUCGUGUUAGUCAUGCGAAUGGGUAUGAGAUUGAGGGCAUCGUGUUGUACACUAAUGUAUAAAAAAUCUCUAAAACUAAACCGGGCGUCAAUGGGUAGAACAACUGUCGGACAAAUUGUUAAUUUAAUGUCAAACGAUGUCAACCGUUUCGAUGAGUUUUCAAUAUUUGUCAGCUAUUUUUUUAUAGCACCCAUACAAACAGUAAUCACUGUUUAUAUAAUGUGGACACAUUUGAAUUGGACCUGCUUUGUAGGGGUGGCCUUACUAUUACUUUUUAUACCCUUCCAAGGAUAUAUGGGAAAGUUGUUUUCAAGAGUUAGAUUAAUGACGGCUCAGUUAACCGACAACCGGUUACGUCUAAUGAAUGAAAUAAUAAGUGGUAUGCGUGUCAUCAAAAUGUAUUCGUGGGAACAAUCGUUUGCCGAUUUGGUGGCAAAUGCCAGAAAAUCUGAAGUAUCGCGUAUCCGAAGAGCAUGUUUUUUAAAAGCCAUUAAUUUGUCGGUAUUUUUUGUGGCCUCACGUAUCAUAUUAUUUGCAUGUUUUAUAACAUAUGUAUUGACGGGUAAUAUCCUAACCGCCAAAGCCGUGUUCGUGACAAUGGCUCUCUUCAAUACAUUGAGAAUUACUAUGACGUGGCUCUUCCCACAGGCUAUAGCACUGGGAGCUGAACUACUUGUCUCAUGCGGACGAAUACAGACAUUUUUAGAGUUAGAAGAAAUGGAAAUAAAACGAAAUCAAUUAACAAAUAUUUCAAAAGACAUUAAAACAAAUACUGAAUCAAAUUAUGUGUCCAUUAAUAAUAUAACCGCGAAAUGGAAUGAAGAGAGUUUGCACUCAACACUCAAUGAUAUCUCAGUCCAUCUGAGACCAGGAGAUCUAUUGGCAGUCAUUGGACCGGUUGGGUCAGGAAAAAGUUCAUUUUUAAUGUCAAUAUUGGGCGAACUACCGGUUCAAUCGGGAACUAUACAAUGUGUUGGAUCCAUAAGCUAUGCAUCACAAGAGCCCUGGAAUUUCAAUAAUAGUGUCAGAAAUAACAUUCUGUUUGGCAAUGAAUACAAUGAAAGCCGAUAUAAACGAGUCGUUAAUGUCUGUGCUUUGGAUCGCGAUUUCACUAUAUUUCCGUUCGGAGACCGAACUCUUGUUGGAGAAAAAGGUGUCUCACUAUCGGGCGGUCAAAAGGCUAGGAUUACAUUAGCCAGAGCUCUCUACCGAAACUCAGAUAUCGUUUUAAUGGACGACCCGUUAAGUGCUGUCGACUCGUCAGUUGCCGAACACAUCUUCGAUAAAUGUAUUGUGGAUCACCUGUCGGACAAAAUACGAAUUCUGGUCACACAUCAGAUUCAGUUCCUAAGGAAAGCCACACAAAUACUUGUGCUUAAUGAAGGCAAAUGUCUAGCUAUGGGAACAUUUGAUGAAUUACAGGCACAGGGAGUUGACUUUAUGACACUAUUGAAGGAACAGGAAAAAGAAAUUGCAGAGAAAAAGGUUGAAAUUGAAAGACAGGAACGGGAACUUAUGAGGUCGUUCUCAAAGAGCAGUUAUGACAGUCAACAAAUCAAAAACGAAACUUUUACUGAAUCAUUGAAAGCCAGAGGAAGAUCAAUAUCAAGAAGUACUUCUGUGGUUCAAACGGAAAAUUUUGAAAUAUCUAACAUUGAAGUUUUUGAAGAUGACUAUUUAAAUGAUCCAAAAAUUCAAGAUGAGAACCGUGAAGUUGGAUCUAUUGACAGUGGAGUCUAUUGGUAUUACGUUAGGGCCGGUGCCGGACCCAUACUUUUAACAAUAACAAUAAGUUCAACACUGAUAUCUCAGACUAUAUUUCACGGAUCAGACUUAUGGCUCACUGAAUGGACAAACAAUAAUCAAAACGGCAUUGAAAGAGACCAAAACAUGGAUGUAAUAAUAUAUUCUGCACUAAUUGCUGGUCUAUUUGUGACGGCACUACUGAGGUCUACCACUUGGUUUAUGAUGUGUAUGCGGGCGUCCGUUAAUCUACACAACAGUAUAUUUUACCGAUUACUUCGGGCACCAAUUGUUGUAUUUGAUAACAAUCCCGUAGGCCGAAUACUCAAUCGAUUUACUAAAGAUAUGGGUAUUGUUGAUGAAAUGCUGCCGUCGACUGCAUUUGAUUUAAAUCUGACAAUGACUCAAGCAGUUGGUAUAAUAAUAGUGGUGGCACUCGUCAACCCAUACCUAAUAAUACCGGCAAUUUUCUUGAUAAUACUAAGCAUAAUAGUUAGAGGUAUAUACAUAAAGUCAGCCAGGGACAUUAAACGAUUUGAAGGGUUAACGCGAAGUCCUGUCUAUUCACACGUGAGUACUACACUUAACGGGUUGGCCAGUGUUAGGGCUUACGGAGCUCAGGAAGUGUUUGAGAGGCAAUACUAUGUGUACCAGAAUGACCACAACGCCACGUGGUUCAUGUUUAUAUGUGCUUCACGUACUUUAGGGCUAAUGAUGGACUGGUUUUGUGUUGGCUAUAUUGUAAUCAUAACUGUGGUUAUAAUGGUAGUACCAACUGGUCUACAGGGAGGCGAUGCUGGUUUGGCUCUAUCAUCAGCAUUAAUGUUGACGGGAAUGACUCAAUGGGGUGUCAGACAGUCAGCCGAAUUGGAAAGUCAGAUGACAUCAGUCGAGCGUAUCAUUGAAUAUAGUAAACUACCUCAAGAGGCACCUCUUGAAGCAGACAAUAAAGACAAACCUAGAAAGGAAUGGCCAGAAAAAGGAGUAAUCGAAAUGAAAAAUAUGUCUCUUUUCUAUGAGAGCUCUAACAAACCGGUUCUCAAGAACUUGUGUUGUUAUAUCAAAAGUGCUGAGAAAAUAGGUAUCGUUGGUCGUACCGGUGCCGGCAAGAGCUCAAUUAUAUCGGCAUUGUUUCGUAUGGUUGAACCAAAAGGACAAAUACUUAUUGAUGGUAUUGACACCAAAUCUAUUGGUUUACAUGAUUUGAGAAAAAAGAUAUCAAUCAUACCUCAAGACCCGGUAGUCUUCACGGGUACAGUUCGUCGUAAUCUCGAUCCGUUUGGCGAAUACAGUGACGAACAGAUAUGGAAGGCCUUGGAUGAGACGCAGCUUAAACAUACUGUCCAAGAGUUAAGAGGAGAGUUAGACGCAGAGUUGUCUGAAGGCGGAUCCAACUUCAGUGUAGGUCAGCGCCAAUUAGUAUGUCUGGCGCGGGCUAUCUUACGGUCCAAUCGUGUACUAGUCUUAGAUGAGGCCACAGCUAAUGUCGAUCACCAAACAGAUUCACUCAUCCAAACCACUAUCAGAAAUAAGUUCUCCGAUUGUACUGUACUUACAAUAGCCCACAGACUUAACACUAUCAUUGACUCUCAUAGAGUACUCGUGUUAGACGCGGGAGAGAUCAUUGAAUUUGAUACACCAUUUGCUUUAUUACAACGAAAGGGUGUAUUUUAUGAUAUGUGUCGUAAAACAGGAAAAAAUAUGUUCAAUCAUUUGAUGAAAAUGGCUAAAGAAACACAUAUUUCAAGAUUUGAAACAAAUGAAGAGUCAAAUGAAGAAGACAAAAGUGAUACGACAUCCAGUAGUAGUAGUAGUUCUUCGAGUAGUAGUUCCCAUCACAAGUCAAGCACUGUUAUCAACCAAUAUCCGGAUACACUUUAG